AUGGAUAACGUGACUAUCCCACCGGAAGCUCGCUUGAACGUCACUAUCGUAGGGGCGGGCCUUGGCGGCCUCUCAGCAGCCAUCUCCAGUGCACUAGCUGGCCAUUCUGUCCGAGUCAUAGAAUCUGCAAAGGAACUCAGUGAAAUCGGAGCCGGCCUACAAAUCAGUCCCAACGGAUCCCGUCUCCUACAAUACUGGGGCCUCCCCCCAUCCUUCUGGUCUACCAUCGCUGAACCCACCGAAUUAACCGUCCACAGCUAUUCCGGCGAAGUCCUCACCCACGCCUCCGGUUUCGACAAGGAUAUCCGGCAAAAGUACCAAGCACCCUUCAUCGACGUACACCGCGCCGACUUGCAACGAGCGCUGUAUGAGCGCGCCGUCGAACUGGGCGUAUUGUUCAUUUUUGGAUGGCGGGUUCAGAACGUCGAUUUCCAAACCCCGUCUGUGACUAGUGCCACAGGCGAGACGCUGGAAUGUGAUCUUGUCGUGGCGGCUGACGGUUUGUGGUCAAGUUGUCGGAAGGCAUUUUUGGGCGAUGCUGAUGAGCCGCCUAACCCGACAGGGGAUCUGGCGUAUCGGAUUGUACUGCGUGUGGAUGAGAUUGAGGAUGAGGAGUUGAGGAGAUGGGUACGGAACCCUACGGUGCAUUUCUGGAUUGGACCCGGAUCGCAUGUGGUAUAUUACUCCGUGAGGAGUGGGAACAUGUGCAAUAUCGUGCUGCUGGUGCCGGAUGAUCUGCCGCCGGACGUGGCGAGGCAGGCGGGGUCGGUGGAUGAGAUGAAGAGGUUGUUUGAGGGGUGGGAUCCGAUUUUGAUGAGGUUCCUCAGUUAUGUGAAUAAGGUGGAGAAGUGGAAACUCCUGCAUCUCAAAGAGAUGAAAAGUUGGGUCAGCAAGGAGUCAACCGUCGUGUUCAUGGGCGACUCUUGCCACGCAAUGCUCCCCUACCUAGCCCAAGGCGCAAAUUCGUCCCUCGAAGACGGCGCAGUCCUUGGAACACUUCUAGGGAGGCUAAAGACCCGAGACGAACUGCCCAGAGUCCUACGGGCAUACGAAAACCAGCGCAAAACGCGUGGAGAGGCCAUCGUGCGAGAGACGUUUAAACAGCAAGACUCAUUCCACAUGCAGAACGGACCAGAACAAGAAGCCCGCGAUGAGUUACUCCGGUUGGGUCCGGGAUGUUCGGAGUCAUCACCCUAUUUCCCGAGUCGAUGGACUUGUCCCAAAGUACAACCCUGGCUGUUUGGAUAUGAUGCGAUCUCAGAUGCACAAAACGCGGUUUUGUAA